AUGCCCACCGCUCUCUGCUGCAGACCCUGUCCCUCACCCCCAGCUGCCCCUGACACAGCUCCAUGCCGUUCCCUCGUCCCUGUUGCUGUCACAGCAGAGCUCAGCGCUGCCCUCCGCUCCCUGUGAGGAGCUGCAGCCGCCAUCAGGCCUCUCAGCUCCUCUGCUCUGUGCUGUCCGAAAUCUAAACACUGGAAAUCAGCAGAGGGUAACAAGGGAAAGCUCGACAAAUUAUCACUAUAGAAAUGCGUGGUGUUGCCGUGCGAGUUCUGUUGGAUGUCUGCUUAUAUAAAAAAGAUGCAGUAGAACUGGAAAAGUCAGUUCAAUAGUGAGGAAUCCUCAGCACUCACCUUUGCACUGUUUGGGUGUUUCGGGAAGUCCUACAGUGACUGCACAGCUUUAAUUACACCUCUCACUUGCAAGUCCUGGCUUUUGGCCAUUGUUGGAGGUGGGCAGCUCUGAAGAGCCAAGCGGUAACACAGUGCUGUUGUUCUUGAGUGGAUCUAAAACGGUGCUUCUGAGUGCUGGGAAAAGAGGGAAUAGAGAUUAGAAAGAAAGAGAGAUUAGAGAGAGAGGACCAUGUGCUCAGAGAGGAGGAUUACAGCAAGGCAGCAGAUCUCAGCAGUUGCUUGGAGCAGGUGAGCUCCGGAGGUCGCUUCCAAGCUCAACCUUCCUUGUUUUUACAUCAGAUUUUUGCAAAGGGUUCAAAACCAGCCCUUGGACAGGCUGGUAUUGUUGGCCACCAAAAGCCAAGGUUAGCCUGCAGUUCCUCUUCUCAAGGUCUCUGCUUGCUCAAGGUGAGCAUAGGGCAUUACGUGUGGGCUGAGCCUGACAAGAGCCUAUAGAGGAAGGACUUUGCAAUACAUACUCCCAUAAUUAUCCCACAGAACCUGUCACCAGCUGUAGCCUUUUAUGGUUACAUUUUCAACGUGCCACCUCUGCUUAUCUCAGCAAGGAAGUGAUCGAGUCACAGUCGAGAUCCGCAGACUUUACAGGUAGGCACAAAGCUGUUGCUUUUGGUUUUGUUUUGGCCAACUCUACCUGCAGGAUCUACUCCCAUUUCCCCACAGUCUGUGGUUGCUUUCUUGUAGGGAAGACUGCCCAGCCGACACCCAACGCUUGCCGCACACCCCGUGCUACUGCCCCUUCCUUGGUUAUGAGCAAGAGACCAACACGGGUCCGUGCCAGGAGUGCUGUGCGCAGUCAGACUUUGAAACCAGCUGAUAGGCCCCGUGCUGCACUGACAGGUGGUUCUCCCUUUGGAGCUGGUAACCACUCACUGUUCUGUGACAUUUUGGAAGGAAGAAAGAACCCAAUGCUGACAAUGGCCAGUGGGAAUAAAAGGUGUGAGUCCAAGAGAUGCAGUCAGACGGAAAUGAUCAUCCACAAAAGAAGGAGCGAAGACCUCCUGACAUUCUACCUGCGCCAUCAGGAUGCACUGAGCAGUCCCUGUGCGUGCCACCAAAGCAACGUGUUCACUCUGCCUUGUUCUGAUGCCAUGAGGAGAGACAUCCAGGUGCUUCAGAAGUUCAUCAAGAAGUACGAGCCCCGUGGAGCUGUUGUUACCAAAGAAGAAGUUGUUAUUAUCAGUGCAGACAAUGAUGUCUGCAAACAAACAUCUCCAAAGAACCUCACCAAAGCUGCAACCCUACUGGAAGGACACAGGGUAGAAACAGAAAGCAAAGGCUGCCUAGAAGCCCAGAGCACAGACCUCGGGGAGCCUCCAGGAGGCAGGACACGGUCACAGCCUCCAGCUCCGAGGGACCAAAGGGAACCAAAAGAUUUGGGUCUUCCCCCUGAUGAUUUCAGCAAGAAGGUCUAUAGGCUGGCAGCCACUUACGUUGCUGUAGCAGUGGGAUUUCUGUGCUGGUCCAGGCUGCGGCUCCAGCUGGGGAAUUAUUACUGGCUGUCCCUCACUUUUGUGAUGUACAUUGCUCUUAUCCUGCUGAGCUCUGCAACCAGCCACAUGGGUUCUGUGAGCGCCUUGACAGUGACAGCAAUUGGAAGCACAAUACUUGGAAUUAUUUCAGACUCCUAUGAGUCACUGACAGUAACGCUAGUUGGAGGAAUAACUGCAGCUGCAACCCUGCUACUGUGUUUAUUUGCUCUAAAGACGAAUAAACCCCUGACGAACUUGACCAUAUCGAGCACUUUGAGUGUCCUGUGGGCUGCUGGGGCAAUUGCCUGUGUCGUUAUAAACUCAUAUAAGUUCCAGGCUUUGUACGCUCUGUUUGGAAUUCUGUUCUUUGCUACCGAUCUGACAAGGACGGUGACUGAGCUCCAAAGUCAGCCCAUGGCAAUGCAGCGCUCCAUGGACCACGCCGAGGCAGCACAAGGACUUUUCAUACCCAUUGCUAUGAUCUUCUUCUUUACUUUGCUAUUAGUUGGUUGAACACACGGCAAAGCCAAAUACUUUGGCUGCCUUCAACUAUCAGCAACGUGCCACUUUUACCUAAAGGAAGCUCGACAGCUCAUUGAGGCGUUCUGGCAAGGUGGCUGUGGAAAGUAUUUUCAUGUAAUAGUAUUUCUGUGGAUGAAAAAUGUCUUAAGAUAUUGUAGAACUGUAUAAACAAGAGAGCGAGCACAAUGUACUGAGCUCUUCUCUGAAAUAUUUUCCUCGCUGAUGAGAUGGUCCCAGUGCAAAGCUUAGGGCCAGGCCCCUUGAUCAGUGAAUUACAUUGUGUUUAUUGUCAGAAUUGCACCCCAGUGAAACAUUAUGGACUGCAGAGAAGAGGGGAAAUGUUUGAGGGGAUGAAGAUGGUUACUGUAAUAUCUUUGUAAGGACUGCCAUUUGUACUUCUCGAUGCUUGGUCAUUUGAUAGAGAAGCAAACAGGAAUCUCAACAAAGUGCAAAAGCCAGGAGUGACGCCAUCGUAGGAUUAACUGCUGCACCAUGCUGAGCAUGGGCACACAUCUCAAUGCAAUAUCCAAGAGGUUCAGUUUCUUCAGAUUCCAUUCAAUGGGUCCACGUGCAUGAUUGGAAAUGCCAAGUCACAGCCAAGUGAGACUGUUACCCAGUGCUACAGCUGAAAAUACUUAAGUCUUGUAAUCCUUUAGUAAACAUAAACAUGCUAAUUUCAUCAGUCAUUAAAUGCACAGGUGAGUUUAAAAAACAAGUAUAUUUUUUAGCUGGGAGGCAUCAUCUUGGGGUGCAUUUGAAGGUGUGCUGGAAGAAUCCUUUUCUGGGCUGCAUGAGUCUGCAGUGGAAGAUGUGUUGUUUACCUCUGGCUUGGCAUCAUCACUACACAGCGUUUGCUGGAGUCUCUCAAUGCCUAUCAAAUGGAAACAUAGCUCAGUUCAAGCUUUUCUUAUCCAGCAGAAAUGGUGAAAAUAGAAGGGAAAGAUUGACCUGACACAGAUUGCUCAGAUUCUGUAUAAUCUCUGGUUUUAGACAGUCCCAAAACUUGAUCAAAGGCAGCUCUGAGCUCUGACUUAACACUCGGCCUCGCUCUCAGCAGGAAGUUGUAGUAGUUGACCCAAGAGUUUCCCCCCAACCUGUGGGGUUUUUUUUGUUACCCCACUUCCUUGACUUCACAGAAAUCCCUUUUGCCAAUAAUAUAUACCAUUGGUUCAAGACUCUGUAUUUCAGUGCAUAAAGGAUGGGUAAAUUUCUCACAUUUCACGUGUGAAGCACAUACAGAUGAGGGGUGCUUUGGAAUACCAGUAUAAUAUAAUGGGUGAUUUUCAAGAAGAAUAAGCAACUUCCAACAGAGAAAAAAAAUAUUUCUUAAAAUGCAAUUCCACAGACUUGAAAGGUUUGACAUAACCCAGGAGCAGUGCUCAGUAACCAAUACUCUGGGCCGUUCUGGUAUUUCUCAGUUCAUAGCAGUGCCAAUAGUGCCCUCACAAGCUGAGAGGGGAUAGGUAGAUUUGAACACAUUGUUUGUAAUAUUAAUGUUUCCCAAAGCUUGCAUGCUACUAUGUGACAUAUUAAAAGUAAAACCAACUUACAUAUACAAAUCUUAUCUACAGAAUCAGAGAAAACCAGUCUAAACCAUCCAGGUUCAUAACAAUAAAAAGCUUUUCCAGGGCUAAUCAGGAGUUUGUUAUCAAGGAGCUUCUGCCAUAGUUCAAGUUCAGCUUCAAAUGUCUGUGAUUUUAAGAACUAAAAAAAAAAAAAGAAAAUAAA